AUGAAACCAACUACACCUAAGCCUCGGACAAGAUUACACGGAUUCAAGACUGGUUUUUGGAAACGGAAUACUGAUUUUAAGAUUGCGACAUGGAAUGUGACAAGCUUGUAUAGAACAGGUGCAAGUCAAAAUUUAGCUGACGUCCUUAACAACUACAACAUUAAAGUAGCAGCCAUACAAGAAAUAAGAUGGUUGGGAGUAGGACAACUAACGAUAGGAGAGUACACAAUUUUCUUCUCUGGAAUGGAGAAUACACAUCAUCUCGGUAAUGGCUUUGCAGUUCAUAGGACACUAGUACCGUACAUUAAGGAGUUUAAUCCAGUAUCCGAACGGAUAUCAACCUUAACCAUCAACACUAGUCCAAUUAGUAUCUGUAUAAUAAAUUGCCACGCACCAACAGAAAUAAAAGAUGACAAUGUGAAAGAUAGCUUCUACGACGAACUAACUGAUACAUAUGAAGGUAUCAAUGGUAAUAUGAUAAGGAUUGUAAUAGGUGAUUUCAAUGCAAAAUGCGGACGGGAAACACAGUACUUCCCUUGCAUAGGGAAGGAAAGUUUGCAUUGCAACAGCAAUGACAAUGGUCAGCGAUUGAUAGCGUUUGCGACAUCAAAUGGAUUGACUGUUAGUAGUACCACUUUCUCACAUAAAAAUAUUCACAAAGCCACUUGGAGGUCACCAGAUGGAGAAACCCUGAAGCAAAUCGAUCACAUUCUCAUAAAGACUAGAUACCGUAGUACAAUCCACGAUGUAAGAAGCCACAGAGAUGCUGACUGUGACACGGAUCAUUACUUAGUGAUUUCCAAACUUAGAUCAAAGUUAAAAAGCCAAUCGAGAUUAAAAGACAAAAGAGCUAAAUUCAAUCUAGAAUUACUAAGAGAUGAAACCGUGAGGAAAAAAUAUGAGAGCGAAGUAAAGAAAGAGCUUAAAGAAAAUAGCGUACAAAUAGAAAUAGAUGUAGACUUGGAUUGGGAAAAAGAAAGUAAUGCUGUCAAAAAAGCAGCGGCCACUAGCAUUGGUGAGCUAAAAAGGUCAAGAAAUACUUGGUAUAAUGAUGUGUGUAGAAUUGCUGUGGACAAACGUCGCAAAGCGAGAGAUGACUUUAUUAAGAACAACACUCAAACAACUAAAGAAGCUUUCAUUCGGGAACGUAAAAUCUGCAAAAGCGACCUUCAAAGGGAAAAAAGAAAAUUCUUUAACAACAUACUUCAUACCACAGAGAACGAUCAUACGCAGGGGAGAACUAGAAAUUUUUUAAGAGUCAUCAAACAGUAUAAACAAUUCAACCCUAUAUGGAAUGCAAUCAGAGACCAAGACGGACAAAUGUUAAUGGAGCCAGAGUCAAGAGCUGAGAGAUGGAAAGGCUAUUUUGAAAAAUUACUAAAUGGUAACAUGCCAGCCCAGCCUGUAACACAUGUCGAAUAUGAAAGACCGGAGCCCUAUGUAGAGGAUGUUAGUCUAGAUGAAGUAAAAAAAUAUGGAGGAAAAUAUGUGGACCUGUCUUUGACGAAACAACGGGGAAUUGGCGGAGGAGGUACAACAGAGUUUUACGAUAUGUUGGAACUAACAACAGUACCAAGCUUCAUUAAAAGCCAAAGGAUUCAACGGCUAGGACACAUAAUGAGAAGACGAGAGAAUGAAAUAGUUAGAGUGACAUUGGAAUGGAAGCCAAUAGGUAAAAGACCAAGAGGUAGACCGAGAAAAAGAUGGAUAGACGUGGUAGAAGAAGAUUUAAAAAUCCUUGGAGUUGAGAAUUGGAGGGAGACAGUUCAAGAUAGAGACAGGUGA